AUGGCUUCUAUCGACCUGUCGCGCUGUAGAAUGUGCCUUAACGAUCCACCUAUGGAUUCACUUGUGUUUUCUGCCUUUGAUACAUUCCAGGGCAGAAUUCUUACGGAACUGAUCGACGAUCUUUUUGCUAUUAAGAUUUUAAACGACGAUCGUCUGCAAACGGUGUGCCUCGAUUGUGUAAACCGCAUAAAUACAGUCCAUAAAAUUAAACAAUUUUUCAUCAAAAAUGAUCAAAAACUCCAAGACAUGCUACAGAGUGAUGUUUCAACUAACACGUUUGAAGAAGAGGUAGUUUACACCGUAUAUUCUUCUCACCUCUCGAGCGACAGGGAAGCGAACAGUCAAAAGUUGGACGCCGCGUUACCGAAAAACAUUCCAUUGGUCAAAGCGGUAGUAAACCCGGAAGAAGAAAAUGCCACAUGUAAUUUAUCAUCAAACGUGAGCGCCACAACGGACAAUUUGGUUUUGCUAGCAAUCGAACAAGAACGCUUCGAUGAAGACUUGCGAGUGUUUGAAGAUAGCGACUCCAAAGAUGAUUUGCCAACUGAUGCUAAUAAAAAUCAGACCACGAUGGAAAAAUUCUCCUUGGAAAAAAGUGAAAAGUUGCCCAUACCACCUCACAAGUGCUACCUCUGUGGCGUCAUUUUCGAAGGUGCACUGGAGUUCACCCAGCAUUUGCCUACGCAUUUCGAUCAGGUACCCUACACCUGUAUGGAGUGUGACGGACUGGUUUUUAAGACGGUACGGGAAGCGAGCAAACACGUGGGGCUUCAUGAUGCGAACGAGCGUCCGUUUAAAUGUCGCAUCUGCCCGCUGCGAUUUCCUACGCGGGUCAACAGCUUGACGCACGAGCGUAAAUUACAUCGGUUCAAAUUGAAGCAAAUGCAAUCGUUAAAAGCUAAUGACACCGCCAAGCGGAAAUCCAUUGCCAAGCGUGUUUCCCUCGUCAAUGGCAACCCUCUAGACGGAGCGAUUUCAUCAAAACAGUAUCAGUGUGAGAUCUGUGCGGGAAAAUUUACGGCGAAGAAAAAUCUCACCCGCCAUCUGAUGAUUCACACCGGAGAAAAACCGUUCAAAUGUGACCUAUGUCAUCGUGCCUAUCGACAGGCGGGGGAGCUGAAAACGCACAUGCGGAUACACCAGAAGGAAUGCGACGAAGUCCAAGCUGGAGACAAAUGUGAUAAAAGCGUUCACACCGCAUCAGCGACUCUCACAUCCCUCCGGAAAUCACGUAGCCGCAAGAUCGCGAGGCAAGACAGUUGACUUAUGAUUUUGU